UCCACUAUGGACCGCGAGAGAGACGCCCGGCACAGGACGACGAGGAGCGACUGCGGCUGCGCGCCACCACAGAAUGACGGACUGCAGGGGAACCGCGCGCCGGCGCCUCCUCCCCCUCCACCGGGAGCCCCGGAUGCGCGCGGAGGCGGAGAGACUCCAAACUUUUGACGGCUGGCCCGCGGACGCGCCCGUGACCCCGGGGCAGCUGGCCGAGGCCGGCUUCUUCUUCCUGGGCCCCGGGGACAAGGUGCAGUGCUUCUGCUGCUCCGGGGUCCUGUGGUGCUGGGGGCGCGGGGACGACCCGGCCGCGGAGCACGCGCGGCACUUCCCCGCGUGCGGCCACGCGCUGCAGGGCCGACGAGGAGCCGCCGCCGCGGGGGGCGCCGCGCCCCCGGACUCCGUGGACGGCCAGGUGUUGAGUCAGCUCCAGAGGACGACGAUGGAGGACCGCGGGGCCGCCGGGCAGGCGGUGUACCCGGAGAUGGAGGCGGAGGGUUCUCGGAUCACCACCUUCCACAACUGGCCCUCGGAGGCCUCCGUCCAGCCGGAUGUUCUCGCGCGAGCUGGGUUCUUCUCCACAGGUCACGGCGACAACGUGAAGUGCUUCCACUGCGACGGCGGGCUGAGGAACUGGGAGCCGGGAGACGACCCCUGGCAGGAGCACGCCAAGUGGUUUCCACGGUGUGAGUUUCUGAUCCAGGAGCGCGGCCAGGAUUACAUCAGCGACAUCCAGGACUCUCACUUCCACCUGGGAGACACCAACCCUCAUGUGGCUGGUCCCGGGCCUUCGUCCUCCUCCUCCUCCUCCCCUCUCCUAGGCAUGGUGUCCGGUGUGGGGGGGUCCCCGGCGCCCCCCUCCCCCGUGGAGCAGACGGCGCUGCAGAUGGGCUUUGAUGCCGCCGUGGUUCAGAGUCUGGUCCGGACCCGUCUGCUGCUGACGGGCCGGCACUACGGCUCGGUGCCGGAGCUGGUGAGCGACGUGCUGCAGGCGGAGCGGGAGGAGCGGCGGACGGAGUCGCAGGGCGGAGAUCCAGAGUUGAGGCCGAGCUCCAGCGCCGUGACCUUGAGAGCGCCGAUCAGAGGGAAAGCGAAGGAGCCGAGCCCCGAGGAGCUGCUGCGCCAGCUGCAGGAGGAGAGGACCUGCAAGGUGUGCAUGGACAAGCUGGUGGCCAUCGUGUUCAUCCCCUGCGGCCACCUGGUGGUGUGCGGCGACUGCGCAGCCAGCCUGCGCCACUGCCCCAUCUGCAGGGCCGUGAUCCGGGGCAGCGUCCGGGCCUUCAUGUCCUGAGUCCACGAUCCAGGUGGCCUCGGAAAGCUUUCUCUAGGACACGGGUGUCAAACACAAGGCCCGCGGGCAGUUACUGGCCCGCCGAGUCAUUUUAUGUGGCCCCUGACGGCUUGAAUGACAUGUGAAAUUUACCCUGUGCUUUUAUUUUGAAGAUUUACAAUUAAAUGGAUUCAUGUCAUAAUAUUAGAAAAAUGUUCUCAUGUACCAUAUUUCUACAC